UCGACCACUAUCCCAGCAACAAUUCUCGCUCUUUCACAGACAAAUCAUCCAAAGAUGCAAUUUUCCAUACCGAUAUUACUAAAAUCUUGGUUUUCUUCAACUUCGAGGAGUCUAAAAUAUUCAAAUUUGAAUUUUCAUGUGUCUGACAAUGAUCAAAGACUCGAUAGAAAUAAUGAAGAAUACGUUCCUUACCAUUCUUCAUUAUUAAAUGAUAAUAGACAAGAUGUAGAUGUAGAAGACGAAAAUACUAGAUUACUAAAUAGACAUACACGUACUUUCGAUACUCUAGAAGAUGCAAGGGAUUAUCGUAGUUUGAUGAAUCUCGGAAAGUCGACUGUUAGGCAGACGAUUGUCAACACGGUGAAUAUAUUGAUGGGUAUUGCGAUAUUGGCGUUGCCUUUGGCGUUUAAAUAUUCUGGAUGGAUUAUUGGAAUUUCCAUAUUUUCGUUUUGCCUUAUAUCAACCAAUUAUACCGCGCAAAUUCUCAAAAAAUGUUUAGAUACUGAUCCAGAAUGUCUUACAUAUGCUGAUCUCGCCUAUUUGGCUUACGGUCAAAAAGGAAGAAUUUUCGUUGGCUUUUUGUUUCUAAUGGAUCUUUAUAACGCUGCUGUCGCAUUGAUGAUUUUGGUUGGCGAUUCUCUCAAAAUACUUUUCCCUCAAGUGGAUCUCACUAAUUUGAAACUUAUCGUAUUUCUUGUUAUUACCCCAAUAACAUGGCUACCAAUUCAUUAUCUUUCUUACGCCUCAGUCCUUGGAAUUUUUACUGCGUCUUCAUUAGCUUUGGUUUUAUUGAUUGAUGGUCUGACGAAAUACGUUGCUCCCGGAAGUUUAUGGCAACCUAUGGAUACUUAUCUUUUUCCUCCAAAUUGGAUGGUCGUGCCUUUAUCUUUUGGUCUUAUUAAUUCUGCCUUUUCUGGUCACGCUGUUUUCCCAUCGUUAUAUCGUGAUAUGGAAAAACCUCAUUAUUAUAAAAAAACUGUGAAUUCUAGUUAUUUGGUUGCUGGUGUUGUUUAUUUUACUGUCACUGUUUGUGGUUAUUUAAUGUUUGGAUCUAAGACGAUGCAAGAAAUUACUCAAAACAUAAUGUCAACUCCUGGAUACAGCCUUGUUCUAAAUUCCAUCGUAGUAUGGUUGAUCGUUAUUAAUCCUCUCUCAAAAUAUCCUCUCACUUUAAUUCCGAUUAAUUUAAGUAUCGAA